GUGAGUGGGGCUUUUGGUCCAUUGUUGCAGUUCAUCGGUAGCUCAAAGUGAUGGGAAGGCAGCCUUGUUGUGACAAACUUGGUGUGAAGAAGGGGCCUUGGACCGCCGAGGAAGACAAAAAACUCGUCAAUUUCAUUCUCACUCACGGCCAGUGUUGCUGGCGUAGCGUCCCCAAGCUCGCCGGCCUCCGCCGCUGCGGCAAAAGCUGUAGACUGCGCUGGACCAAUUACCUCCGCCCCGACUUGAAGCGAGGCCUCCUCAAUGAAGAUGAAGAGCAGCUUGUUAUUGAUCUUCAUGCCCGUCUUGGCAAUCGGUGGUCCAAAAUUGCAGCAAGGUUGCCCGGAAGAACCGAUAACGAGAUCAAGAACCACUGGAACACCCACAUUAAGAAAAAGCUCAUUAAGAUGGGGAUCGAUCCCAUUACUCACGAGCCUCUACACAAACCAGACACCCCACAAGAGGCAGUCGUCGGAGCAACCAAUGAUCAUCACCCGAAUCUUGAUGCUGUUGAUCAACUAGAGCUCCCCAAAGAUAGUGGCGAUGUUUCUUCUUCUGCUGCUGUUGAAUUUAGCCCUCCGACCGAGAAUUCCUCGACCGAUGAAUCGGUGUCCGGCAACGAGGAAGAUCCGUCGUUGAACUUGAUAUGGUCCGAGGCGUUUCUCAAUGACUUGACGUGGAACUUCAGUGGCCCGGGUUCCGGAGGAGAGUACGGUGAACUUGGGUUUUCUUCAUCGGAGGAAAACACCUUUUCGUGGGUGUUGGAUGAUCGGAACGUGGUAGAUGAUCAUCGGAGUUUCAGAGUUGGCGGGUUCGGUGAAAUUGACUUCAAUUCACUUGACAUGGGUGGCAAGGUUUAGCAUGCACCUAGUGCCAGUGCCUUUGUGUACUCGUGUAAAAAAUUAAAAAAAUAAAAAAAUAAAAAAUUAAAAAUAAAGGGUAAACUACCUACUUGGUCACUCACCUAUUG